CAGAGCCGAGCUGCAAACAACCAAGCAAGGCAAAUCGCAGCGAGGACAGGCACAGCACCAUGAGCAAGAAGCACACCACCCAGCGGUUCCUCACGGAGAUGCCGCUGCCAACCCCGGAGCACCCGGUCGUCAAGAUCCUUGAGCCGCGAGGCAACUCGUUCCUGGUCCUCUUUGCAGACGGACAGACCACGCUGGCGACGAUUCCGACAAAGUUCCGCAAGGUGCUCUGGAUCAAGCGAGGCAACUUUGUCAUCGUCCAGCCCAUCGUGGAUUCCAAAAUCAAAAUCACCCACGAAGUGCUGUAUGUUCUCGGGCCAGAUCACAUCAAGCAUAUCAAGCAGGCAGGACAAUGGCCGCCGGAAUUUGAGCAACAGCAACAGCAGCAGCAGCAACAGGCUGAAUCGAAUGACCAAGACUCGAGCACAACGGCCGAGCGAACAGACCAGGCGGAACAAAGCGGAUACAACGAGAACGGAGAGAAUGACGAUGAGGAGGAGGACGAAGAGGAUGAUGACGAACUGUUUUCGAACACCAACCGCAGGGUCUACGACGAUUCUGACGACGACGAUGAAUAGACGCCGAUACCCCCCGGCCAAGAAUCCUAACGCCGAAUGUCGACGGGCUGGUGUGGAAUAGCGCUCGCCCAGUGCAUCUGAUCGAAAGGAAUAAGGUGUCCGACGACUGCUGGGGGCAGUUUGGCGACUGCUCGACACUGCUACCGAUAUCCGAAAUGACUUGCUCGUGCACUUCCCAAGGUCGACCCGUCCACCAUCGCCCCAAAGUUUCACCAUCGUACUACUUUGGCAUCAUCCCGAGCAAGAAAGUCACAGCGUGACGAGUAUCUCAGCGUCAAUCCAUUGUUCCGCGGACAGCGAGGCCAGUAGGCAACCCGGAGGCACCGUCCUUCUCUGAGCCCAAUACAAAUCCAUGAGCUGACCAUCGCAUCCUG